AUGGCUCCCACAGCCCGUGUGCUGGUAUAUUGCAUGACACAAAACGGAGAAGUUGUGGUUGAUUCUUUGAAUGUAAAAAUAGACGACCCUUUUGAGAAUCAGGUAACUACAGCCUUUCUUUUUGUUUUUGUUUCAGACGUAAAUCUUACCUGUAUUAUUUAUUGCGACCUCAUGGAAUGGCGGACAGGGCAAGUAAACAAAGUUUUUCAGAAAAAUUUCACUUUCAAAUUUAUAUUUAAAAUUAAUAUUUACUGGAAAAAGUCUAAAUUAUGUGCUCUAGAAAUAGCAGACAUAGUGGACAGCUCUUCAUUUUGAAUAUAGUAGUAUAGUACAUGGAAAUAACAUUUCAAAAACUAAUUAAUAAUUCAUAAAGAAAAAACAAAUGAAAUUAAUGUUGAAUGAGUGUCUAUAUCUGAUAAAGACACGGCUAAACUGUUACGUCCAACUUUUUGGACCAAAAUAACCCCAAAUCUUAAUAUUAUUGCAAAAAUGAGUUUAUCUAUAUCCGAGAUUUUGAAGUCGUUCAAAAAAUCCAGCUGGAGUGUAUUAUCAGGUGUAAAAAUCCACCCUAAUUCCCGGGGUCAUUUUCAUUUUCUUCACUUUGUUUCUUUUCAAACUGUAUUCUCCGUAUUUUCUUCCAGCUCUGACGCCAGCACUUACUUUCAAAUUGAAGCUCCUAUUUAUUAUUAUUAUUAACAAUUAUUGAAUUCGGCUGUCGUAUAAUCUGAAGAAUUUUGGAGGAGGGUGGAUUAUCAAGGAGAGUGUUACGGCGUCAGCGGAUAACACCCUCCGAUAUCUCCAUAUUUCUUCAGAUGAUACGAAAGCUGAAUCCAAUAAUUGUUUUAUUAUUCCGCAAAAACAAGCCAAAACAUGCUGACCUCCAUCGAUGUUAAGUUCAACUUCGAUAGUGCAAGUUUAUCCGCAAGUCUGGAAGAUAAGGUGUUGUUCAGUUCUGCAAAUAUUCUCCAAAUAGCAGAUGUCGUCCGUCGAGUUAUUUCCUUGCUGUUCCUGCUAUGUUUUUAGCCAAUAGUUCGCCUAUUUCUUCCUCGUGAAACGAGUGAAAUGUUCCGCCAUUUUGUACUCACUACCAAAGCAACUCAACCGCGUCCCCAGGUCUUCACGGUUAACUGUCCAGUUUUCUGGCAAUUAUGCUGUAGAACUGACGUAUCGCCUAAUUUUUCCAAAUUUGGUCGAUAAUAGCUGGUUAUGAUAAAUUAUGCGUGGGAUCUUAGCCAACCAGAAACGGAGAAAUCAGAUCUUGAAUGAAUAAUAAUAAUAAUUGUUAUUACUAUAGUUUUUUGCUAUUGUUCUUGCCUGCAAGUAUUCUCCCUCGUAUUUUGAUUGCUUAGGUGUGCUUUGUUUGGUCAUAGAAUAAAAUAUGGUUUGAAUUUGUGGGAGUCAAUUGAAAUCCUUGGCACUGUUGGUUUCAGGUUUCAAUGACUAUUGACACAGGUAACAGGAACACGGUGUCCCCAGGCGAUAUGGUGACAAUCAAAGGCAAAGCUACGCCUGGCUCAUUCAUGGCCUUCCGUGCAGUGGAUAAGAGUGUCCUCCUAAUGAAGGAAGAUACAGAUCUCUCUGUUAAAAAGGUACUUUUAUAA